UGUGUAGGCUUGGGCUUGCCCAUGGAGGCAACCACCGUUUUCGAUCUCGUCGAAGGAGAGGAUUUGUUGUUCUCGAAAUCGGAGUGAAGGAAGCACCGAAGCGAAACUUUAAAAGGAAUCCUGCUUUCCUCGAGCUGCGGGCGAUGCGACUCGGGCCGCCGGGCGCCGCUGCCGCCCGCCGGGCUUCGCCCUUCGCGGCAGUCCGGAACUUGUUCUGAUCCUCGGCCCCCCAUCGAAUCCCCGCCCUCCACUCCUCUGCUCCUUGGAUAUGUUUUCUCGCAGACCUGGAUAUUUUUUUCAUAUCGUGAAACUACGAGGAAAAUAACUGCCGGGAUUCUUUCUGCUCCCCCUGUUUCUCCCCACGGACAUGCCUUCAGUUUGGGGGGCCGAGGCACCCCCUCCUAGGCGAAUGAAGCCCCCCAGUCGCGAGGGAGCGAAAUGAAGGGAAUUUCUGCAGCGGAAUGAAAGCUCUGCAGCUAGGUCCUCUCAUCUGCCAUUUGUCCUUUCAAACUGCAUUGUAAUACGGGCAGGAUAAGUCAGACGGGAGAAGACCAGCCUCCCUGCCGGAUUUGUCUGCCCGUAUUUACUUUCCAUAUAUAUAUUUUUCCCCCUCCUGCUUCUUGACUGGUCCAGGGAUGACUUCCUCGCUGCAGCGGCCCUGGCGGGUGCCCUGGCUACCGUGGGCCAUCCUGCUGGUCAGCACUGCGGCCGCUUCCCAAAAUCAAGAACGGCUAUGUGCAUUUAAAGAUCCAUAUCAACAAGACCUUGGGAUAGGCGAGAGUCGAAUCUCUCAUGAAAAUGGGACAAUAUUAUGCUCAAAAGGCAGCACCUGCUAUGGCCUUUGGGAAAAAUCAAAAGGGGACAUAAAUCUUGUAAAACAAGGAUGUUGGUCUCACAUUGGAGAUCCUCAAGAGUGUCACUACGAAGAAUGUGUAGUAACUACCACCCCUCCCUCAAUUCAGAAUGGAACAUACCGUUUUUGCUGCUGUAGCACAGAUUUAUGUAAUGUCAACUUUACUGAGAAUUUUCCACCUCCUGACACAACACCAAUCAGUCCACCUCAUUCAUUUAACCGAGAUGAGACAAUAAUCAUUGCUUUGGCAUCUGUCUCUGUCUUAGCUGUUUUGAUAGUUGCCUUAUGCUUCGGAUACAGAAUGUUGACAGGAGACCGUAAACAAGGUCUUCAUAGUAUGAACAUGAUGGAGGCAGCAGCGUCAGAGCCCUCUCUUGAUCUAGAUAAUCUGAAACUGCUGGAGCUGAUUGGCCGGGGUCGAUAUGGAGCAGUAUAUAAAGGUUCCUUGGAUGAACGUCCAGUAGCUGUAAAAGUAUUUUCUUUUGCAAACCGUCAGAAUUUUAUCAACGAAAAAAACAUUUACAGAGUGCCUUUGAUGGAACAUGACAACAUUGCUCGCUUUAUAGUUGGAGAUGAGAGAGUCACUGCAGAUGGACGCAUGGAGUAUUUGCUUGUGAUGGAGUAUUAUCCCAAUGGAUCUCUUUGCAAGUAUUUGAGUCUCCAUACAAGUGACUGGGUAAGCUCUUGCCGUCUGGCCCAUUCUGUGACUAGAGGACUGGCUUAUCUUCACACAGAAUUACCACGAGGAGACCAUUAUAAGCCUGCAAUUUCCCACCGAGAUUUAAACAGCAGAAAUGUCCUGGUGAAAAAUGAUGGAACCUGUGUUAUUAGUGACUUUGGGUUGUCCAUGAGGCUGACUGGAAAUAGACUGGUGCGCCCAGGGGAAGAAGAUAAUGCAGCCAUAAGUGAGGUUGGCACAAUUAGAUAUAUGGCACCAGAAGUGCUAGAAGGAGCUGUGAAUCUGAGGGACUGUGAAUCAGCUUUGAAACAAGUAGACAUGUAUGCUCUUGGAUUAAUCUAUUGGGAGAUAUUUAUGAGAUGUACAGACCUCUUCCCAGGUGAAUCUGUACCAGAAUAUCAGAUGGCUUUUCAGACAGAAGUUGGAAAUCAUCCUACUUUUGAAGAUAUGCAGGUUCUUGUAUCUAGGGAAAAACAGAGACCCAAGUUCCCAGAAGCCUGGAAAGAAAAUAGCCUGGCGGUGAGGUCACUCAAGGAGACAAUCGAAGACUGUUGGGACCAGGAUGCAGAGGCUCGUCUUACUGCGCAGUGUGCUGAGGAAAGGAUGGCUGAACUUAUGAUGAUAUGGGAAAGAAACAAAUCUGUAAGCCCAACAGUCAAUCCCAUGACUACUGCUAUGCAGAAUGAGCGCAACCUGUCACAUAAUAGGCGUGUGCCAAAAAUUGGCCCUUAUCCAGAUUAUUCUUCUUCCUCAUACAUUGAAGAUUCUAUCCAUCACACUGACAGCAUUGUGAAGAAUAUUUCCUCUGAGCACUCAAUGUCCAGCACACCUUUGACUGUAGGGGAAAAGAAUCGUAAUUCAAUAAAUUAUGAACGACAGCAAGCACAAGCUCGAAUCCCCAGCCCUGAAACGAGUGUCACCAGUCUGUCCACCAACACAACAACCACAAACACCACUGGUCUCACUCCAAGUACUGGUAUGACCACUAUAUCUGAGAUGCCAUACCCAGAUGAAACAAAUCUCCAUGCCAUAAAUGUUGCACAGUCAAUUGGGCCAACCCCUGUCUGCUUACAGCUGACAGAAGAAGACUUGGAGACUAACAAGCUAGACCCAAAAGAAGUUGAUAAGAACCUCAAGGAAAGCUCUGAUGAGAAUCUGAUGGAGCAUUCUCUUAAACAGUUCAGUGGGCCAGACCCACUGAGUAGUACCAGUUCUAGCUUGCUUUACCCACUCAUAAAGCUUGCAGUAGAAGUGACUGGUCAGCAGGACUACACCCAGGCUGCAAAUGGCCAAGCAUGUUUAAUUCCUGAUGUUCCACCCACUCAGAUCUACCCUCUCCCUAAACAACAGAACCUUCCUAAGAGACCUACUAGUUUGCCUUUGAACACCAAAAAUUCAACAAAGGAGCCCCGGCUAAAAUUUGGCAGCAAGCACAAAUCUAACUUGAAACAAGUAGAAACUGGAGUUGCCAAGAUGAAUACAAUCAAUGCAGCAGAACCUCAUGUGGUGACAGUCACCAUGAAUGGAGUAGCAGGUAGAAACCACAGUGUUAACUCCCAUGCUGCCACAACCCAGUAUGCCAAUGGGGCAGUUCCAUCAGGCCAGACAGCCAACAUGGUGACACAUAGGGCCCAAGAAAUGCUGCAGAAUCAAUUUAUUAGUGAGGAUACCCGGCUGAAUAUUAAUUCCAGUCCUGAUGAGCAUGAACCUUUGCUAAGACGAGACCAACAAGCUGGCCAUGAUGAAAGUGUUCUAGAUCGUCUUGUGGACAGGAGGGAACGGCCACUAGAAGGUGGCCGAACUAAUUCCAAUAACAACAACAGUAAUCCAUGUUCAGAACAAGAUGUUCUUACACAGGUUGUUUCAAGCACAGUAACAGAUCCAGGGCAAUCAAAGCCCAGAAGAGCACAGAGGCCCAAUUCUCUGGAUCUUUCAGCCACAAAUGUCCUAGAUGGCGGCAGUAUACAGAUAGGUGAGUCAACGCAAGAUGGCAAAUCAGGAUCAGGUGAAAAGAUCAAGAAGCGUGUGAAAACUCCCUAUUCUCUUAAGCGAUGGCGCCCUUCCACCUGGGUCAUCUCCACUGAACCACUGGACUGUGAGGUCAACAACAAUGGCAGUGAUAGGGCAGUUCAUUCCAAAUCCAGCACCGCCGUUUACCUUGCAGAAGGAGGCACUGCCACAACCAUGGUGUCUAAAGAUAUAGGAAUGAAUUGUCUGUGAAAUGUUUUCAAGGUUACGGAGUGAAAUUAUUUUUUGCAUCAUUUAAACAUGCUGAAGACAAAAAAAAAAACUGCUUUAUCCUCCUGUCAGCACCCCCUCCCACUCCUGCAACAAGGACUUGCUUUAAAUAGAUUUCAGCUAUGCAGAAAAAUUAGCUUAUGCUUCCAUAUUUUUUAAUUUUGUUUUUUUAAGUUUUGCACUUUUGUUUAGUCUCGCUAAAGUUGUAUUUGUCUGUUAUGACCACAGAAUUAUAUGUGUGUGUAUCAAAAGUGGUCUCAAAAUAUUUUUUUAAGAAAAAAAAAGCAAAAACAUUGUAUUGCUGAUAAUCAGUUUGGACCAUUUUCUAAAGGUCAUUAAAACAGAAACAAAUUAAGACAGGUUUGCCUGCA